AUGUUAUGCUCUUUUGCUUAAUAUUUUUCUUGUUGGUAAAGUAAAUAUUUUCAUUCUUAAAUCGUUUUUUUGGUAAAUUUAUCAAAACGGCGUCAAUACUACGUUCCAGAGUACAAAUUACGAAUCAAUUGUUUAACAAUUAUCGAUUACAACGACGAGAAGUUGUACAAUUAAUAAAUAUGAGUGAAGAAAAACCAACAUCGUCAAAAAAUGAAAACAAAGAAAGUCUAGCAGAACGAAAAAAAGAAGAAACAGAUGAUAAUACAAUGGAAGCAAUUAGGAAAUUUUUUUCUCAAAAACUUAAUUUGGUAACAACUCUGGAUGAAGAAGAUGGAUCCUCCAAAAAGGUAAUAGAAAAUUUAACAUUUGAGGGGUUGUGUGAUCAUUGGAAGUCUAAAGGUUUUAAAAAUAUUAUAACCAUGGUGGGAGCUGGUAUAUCGACAUCUGCUGGAAUUCCGGAUUUUCGUUCUCCCGGAUCUGGUUUAUAUGAUAAUUUACAAAAAUAUAAUUUACCACAUCCCUCGGCUAUCUUUGAAAUGGAUUAUUUUGAAGAGAAUCCUCAGCCUUUCUUUGCUUUAGCUAAAGAACUUUAUCCCGGUUCUUUCAAUCCCACGCCGUCACAUUAUUUUGUAAGACUUUUACACAAUAAAGGUUUGCUUUUACGUCACUAUACCCAAAAUAUCGAUACACUCGAGAGAAUAGCUGGUUUGCCUGAUGAUAAACUGGUCGAGGCUCAUGGUACAUUCUUUACCAAUCAUUGUUUGGGUUGUCGUAAGCUAUACUCCAUGGAAUGGAUGAAGGAACAGAUCUUUGCGGAUAGUGUACCUACUUGCUCCGUAUGUAAUAGUGUGGUUAAACCAGAUAUUGUUUUCUUUGGUGAAAAUCUGCCAGAGAAAUUCUAUACACUACCAGCUAAAGAUUUCAAUAAAUGUGAUUUGCUCAUCAUAAUGGGCACGUCGUUAGAGGUACAACCAUUUGCCUCGCUUAUUGAUCGCGCCAACUCAAAAUGCGUACGUUUGCUAAUAAAUCGCACUAAAGUUGGUAAUGAUUUUGGGGGUAUAAGUUCUUGGUUUAUGAGUGGUCCCGGACUUAUGUUUGAUAAUCCUAAAAAUACCCGUGAUAUCGCUUAUAUUGGAGAUUGUGACGAUGGCUGUCUGGCUUUGGCAGAGGCCUUGGGCUGGAAAGAUGAAUUACAAGAGUUAAUAAAAAGUGAACAUGAACGUUUAGAUAAGGAAAAUCCAAAGGAUAAAUGCAAUACUGUGAAGAACGUAACUAGUGACAAAGAAGAGGAUGAGGAUAAAAGAAAAGAUGAAGCGCGAAAAGUGGAUUCAUAAUUUUGUCUCGUGUUGGUGCAAUAUUUAAAUAAUCUUUUCAUAAAUUUACUAAUUUUUAAUGUAAUAGGACAAUUAAAAAGCUUCGUUAGUAAUUUAGUAAUACAGGACCAUAAAUAUGUAUUCCCAUUUACAUAAACAUAUAUUUCUUGUAAGUAGUAAUUGUUUUGAACAAUUUGAGGUAAUAAAAGACUAAUACAUAAUUUAUGAAGUGGUAUAAAAAAAUAA